GACGGUUCGGUUGAGCACAAGAUACACAAAGCAAGCGAAUAGACAGAGCGACUUGGGGCCUGAACUGGAGAACUGGAGCCAGUGCAGCAGCCCUCCAACCACAAAACAUACCAUAAACAACUCCAACCAAGAGCAGCUCGAGCUCGUCGAGCGUGCAAAUUAAAAGCGCACAGUAGCACGAAGGAGCAGCAGCAGCAACAACAACAACAACAACAGCCACAGACAGCAACAUGGAAGUAGCAACAACAAACAAUCACAGUCAGAGCCAUCAUCAUCAUCAUCUUAGUGGUGGCAGCGGUGGUGCUGGCGGCGGCGGCAACGGCGGUUCCCGUUCCCCGUUUCAGCGUGAGGUGCGUGAAUGGCAACGCAUCGAUCCGAACACUGGAGCGCUGUUCAGCGGCCGCUUGGAGGCAGAUCGCUGGAUAAAUGGACCACUGAACAGCUACGGCAAGAUAUCAGAUUCCCAAAAUAUCUCACAGCCGAAUGGCACACAACACACACAGCGCAAACAAAUGGAGGUGCUGCGCACCGCCAAUGGCGCCAUGCAGGUGAUACGCACACAGACAGUACAAAAGACAUCAUCCACAUCCCGUUGGUCCACCUCCUCAUCCACCAAAACCACCACCCGCAGCAGCACAGGCGCAGCGCCUAUGGCGCUAUGGGCGCCUCGAACAAGUCAAGGCGUUGACAUUUGUGAGCUAAGCAACAACGACGACGACGACGACGAUGACGAUGACAAACAUGAUGAUUAUGUUGAUGAUGAUGAGGAUAGCAUACAUAAUGGCAGCGACGCUGGCGUCGUCCACGAGUGCACGACUGCAUCCAUGCCAAGCACUGGCUAUGGCCAGGAGCUGGUUGAUGAUCAUGUUGAUUUUGUUGUGAUUAAUGGCCAUGCGGACGUUGAUGACGCCGCAGACGACGACGACGACGACAACGACGUCGCUCAUUUGCACAAACUCGGCCACAAUUUGUUACUCGAUACUGCGCCAAGUUUGAAAUUGAGCAAUCUAAUGAAAAGCAGUUCGAGUAUUUCCAGCCAAAGCAGCAACAACUCAAAUUUAACAACUGCAGCAGCAACAGCAGCAGCGGCAGCAGCAGCAGCAACGGCUGGCAACACCCACAGAAAUGCGGGCAAAAUAAGCCUACAUGCAAUUGUUGGGAAGACAACAACAACAACAAAAACAACAACCACAGCAGCAACAGCAACAUCAUCAUCACCUGGCACAUUAUCAACGUGGCCUCAGCGAUUGGAGCAGGCUGACUUAUAUGGCCAGGCCAACAACAACAGCAGCAGCAGCAGCAAGCGUCGCGUGGGCGUUGCUGCUGACGUCGCCGCUGUGGCCACGCCAACGCUGCGUCGUGAUUUGGAAAGUUUCCGGCAUCAUGAUGACGCCGCCACCGCCGACGACGACGUUGAUGAAGAUUUGCGGCUCAGCGCACGGCACCAGCGUCGCCAGCAGGUGUCCCAAUCCGUUUAUGCGCCACCGUUGCCCGCCAGCUUUGGCAGCCUGCAGCGUUCCCGCUCCAUAUCCACGGAUGAUCUCAGCAACGACUGGCAGCAGCGCGGCGAGGAGCAGACGGAGGAGGAACUGCCGUGCGGUGAUUGGCGACGCGUUAGUAAAUUGCGUCGUUCCUUUCAGUCGCAGGAUUAUCAUAAUAAAGCACAGUCCAGGCCACGUCCACUUCCAUUGGAUUUGCCCAGCAGUACGGUGAGUGUGGCACGCAUACGCGCCGAGCUGGAAAACGGACGCAGGCUGAACACGGCCAUGCGCAACAAUCACGUCGAUCUGGCCGCACUGGACAGCAUACUUAACACUACAGCAGCAGCGGUCUCUGCAGCGGGAGCAGCAGCGGCAGCAGCAGCGAGCGCAACAGCCCAAUCUUCCAGCAAGCCACAGCUGGCCAAGCGCAGCACAUUUCUCACCGCCGCGUCGCUGCAGGAGAUACGAGGCAAACUAAAAAAACUAUCGGACGAGAGCCUGUACAAGGAGGACUUCCUGGCGCAUCAGGCCAUUGCCCAGCCCGCAGCGGUUGAGGUCGUGCAAGCGCCUGUGCCGGCGCCCUCUGCGCCCUCCGCUUUUCGCGUCGUUCACAAUACGCACAGCCUGGAGACGCGUCAGCGGCCCAAGGACAGCAGCUCCAGUGAGUGGCAUUUGCGUCGAAAAUCGUACGGGUUUGAAAAGAUGUCUCCGCCCGAGAAUCGCAGCAUUUUCCGUGUGGACGCCUCCACGGACAGCGGCCUGGGUCGUUCGGGUGAGCAGCUAGGCAAUUGGUCGCCCACAGAGCGUUCGGCGGCUGCUGCGGCCAAUGGAGCCGGCUCCACUAUUAUACACUUUGGCCGACAACAAGCGGGAAAGCCGGCGAGCCCCAGCGAAGCGGAGCAGCUUAGCAAGCGGCACUCCAUUGCGGUAGAGGAAACUUGGCGCGAUAUACGGAAAACUUCACAGGUGCAUGUCAAUGGUGAUUCCAUUAAUGGCAGCAACGGCAACAACAGUGCCAGUCAGCUGCAGCGCAGCAGCGCACAGAAACGCGUCGAAUUCUGUAAAACGGAGGUGCACUUUGCCGCCGAAUCGGGCCGAGUCAAUAUUGUCGAAACCGAUGGCAAGCCGCCGCCCACGCAAAACUUUCGUCGACGCCGACGCACCGCCAGCGGACCGCUGCAGAGCCUGGUCAAGUCUGCCAGCGUCACCAGCAGCAGCAUCAGCAGCAGCUCCAACAGCAAUGUUACCCACUUUGGCGACGAUCCAACCAUACGCAACAAAACAAUUGCCUCCAGCACAGUAGCCUAUCGGGCCACACUGAUGGAGCCGCCGGAGCUAGUCACUCAGCCAGUGGCUGGCACACAGGUUACGGUUAUAACCAAGCCGUUGGUGGAGCCGCGCUACAGUCUGCUGGAGACUACCAGCUCCACGUCCAGGCAUAGCUAUACCUCCACCAGCGGAGUGGACACAACGGACAAUGAGACAGACGAGCUGGCCAACAUACGUGGCAUAUUAAAGAAUAAGCCAGUCAAGCCGAAGCCCUAUCAUCUUGGCGAGAAUAUUGAGAGUGCCGAUGUGCUCUGGAGCGUGCCAGCAACCAUCAAGAGCGACAACAGGGAGAAUAGUCCGCCAAGUCGGGAAUGUGCCGCUGGCGACUCGCCGAUAACCACCAAAUCGGUUGCUGAACGGGUGCGGAUUGUGGAGCAGCGGCAGUUCGAUAAGCAGCAGCAGCCAUCGCCAGCCGGGAAUGGAUACUCGACGAAGAUCAAUGUGAGCCUCGGAGCUGAAGAUUGGUCAGAAACAGGUUGCAAAUCAUACAUACCACAAAAGAAGCCAAAACACCAACAACAUUUUCUCGCACAUCUCCACAUCACAGGUCGUCGUCGCAGCAGCGCACAGGAGCUGCUGCUGCAGGACUUGCGCGCCCAUCAGCGCAUCCUGGACGAAGGCCUCAAGUCCACAUCGCUUAUUAUGAAAACAAUGCGCUCGGCGAGCGAAUUCGAUGAGGCCAUGCGUCGCCUGAGCAUAGCCUCAAUCGAGUCCGCUUUGAUACAGCCCACAAUUGUGGUUCCCACGCCCAUGUUGCGCUCACAUAGCUAUCAGGAGGAGAGCUGCCGUCGCACCUCAACUACGUCCAUCACCAGCAGCGAUUUAUUUGGCAGCGCUCUCUACGAUUCACUGCCGCGCACACCGCUGGCACCACCACGUCUCAAGCUGCUAGGCAAUACGCAAAUACCCGUGAGUCAGCAGCUGACGCAACUGCGGCGACUCUACGAUGCUGCGGAUCAGGAGGAGGACAGCGCCGAUGAAGAGGUCAAGCGUUAUUUCCGUGAAAGCAACAACAGCGACAGUGGCGGUGGCACUCAAUGCAGCUCCUCACCCGAGGAUACGGUGCUCAAGGGCACUGAAUACUCGAGCAGCUGGAGUCGCCUGAAAGCCAAGCGCACCAUCUGGAAGAUUGAAGCGCAAGAACAAACGCUACAGCGUACAGAUCUGCCCAACUCAAAUGUGAUGAACAUAGCUCUGCAUGCACCCCGGCUGCAGAAGCCGAAGCCCACACCGCCCACGCUGCGCAUUGGGCAGCUUGUGCCCGUGGCCAAACCGCGAACACUGCUCGUACAGCCGCAAGCACCGGUCGCGGAAAAUGCAGACGAAUCGGGCAGCGAAUCCCUAAAAAUUGUCAAGGAGGCACGCGGCGCUCGCAAGCUACGCGAGCACGAGCUCUCCUACUUUGGUGUACAGCAUUCACCGACGCCCACACAGACCACUAAAUUACACGUUACGCCCAGCAACCCACGACGUACGCUGCCCACGCGCAGUAAACUAAGCCACAACGAGGAGGCAACCACCGCAACGACAUCAACUACAACCACCACGACCAAGUGGCAGCUAUUGAACGACCGACCCGAUUUACUUAGGCACAGUCCACAGGCCAACGAUGAGAGCAACGCUUUCCCCGAAGAUGAUGAGGAGCACUGCUAUGAGAACAUUGCAAACGAACUGACCACUACAUUCCGCGUCAAGUCGCCCUCACCAGGCAGCUACGAGCGUAAGACGGAUUUGCAACGCGAUGCGCAGAUUCUCAGCGAGAUGACACGAAACGCUGAUCAAACAAUGAAGGCACUCUCCGAUGAGGCAGCCUUCAAGGAUCAGCGACGUCGUUCCUGCUCGCUGCAGCGCCGCAGCGCCAAGCCCUUGGCCACCAUCGAUGAGAAGGUCAAAACUCACAAUGGCGAUGCUAAAGUUUUGAGUGUCGCACGGGGCACCUUCGCCUCGGAGGCACGACGCAAUUCACGACAAUCGACGCCCUCGCCGACCCCUGCACGCAGCUCAUCGCAGUCAUCCAUUGAGUGCUGUCCACGGGAUCGUUCGCGUUCCAGUUCGCGUGAGUCAAUGACACAAGGAGGCGGCUCUUCGGAUGAGCAAUUGAGCAAGCAGCGCGUGGAGCGAAUACGCAUGCGUACGCCCAAGCGAGAGAAGACACAUCACGAGACAACUGAACAGCGUUCAUCCAGGCAGAGCAGCAAACCACGCAGUAGCUCCAAUGCGACGCCAGAAAGCAAACGCACGCAUCACCACAGCCGUCACCGGGAGAAGGAGCACAGCGGCGAGCAUUCGACCAAACAUAGCUCGGGCUCGGCAUCAGGCAGUCGACUGCUACGCUCCACGCGUGUCAGCGAAACGAGUCGCCCACGCACUAGCUCACACCGAACGAGUGAGCGAGAGCGAGAGCGGGAGCGUGAACGUACAAGCGGCACUGAGAAGCACCGAGAAGAGCUCACACGCUCGCGUGGUCACUCCAGUCGCUCUAGACACAGUGAGCAGAGCGCAGCUGGGCACAAGUCGAGCAAAAGCAGUCGCAGCAAUCAUCAUGACACAGCAAUGUCCGCGCACAGAAAGUCCACAACAGCCGCAAAAGUAGCAGCAACAAAAGCAAUAACAGCAGCCACAGCAACAACGCACAAAUCCACAACAACACCAACAACAGCAACAGCAACAGCUACGGCACCAACAGCAGCAGCAACAACAACGCACAACGAACUGACGUACGUAUACGUAACGAAUUUAGCCAAUACACAAACCGCCGAGGAUGCAGACUAUGCCAGCAUCGAUGAGGCAACAGUAACAGUUACGCCCACAGCACUGCCUGCGAUCCCAUUGCCGCCGCCGCGUCGCAAACGCAAGCGGUCGCUCUUACCCGUGCCCGUACAGCGCGAACGUACCACUGCCACGCCCACUGCCGCCUACGAGCAUCGCAUUAAGCUGGAAAUGAUACCCCAAACGCCCAGCUACUCGAAUCAGUCGACGCUGCGCUGCAAGCAGCAGCCAUUGCGCAAAUCCUCGCUAAAGUGCACACAGUCGACCAGCUCGAGUUUCGCCUUUCUGCCCUAUUUGCCGGCCAAGCGCAACUCGAGUGUUAGCCAUGUCUAUGACAAUUAUCUGCUGUACGCGGCGCCGGCCACAUUGACGGCCUCCAAGUUGCGCCCCUAUCAACACAACUUGAGCAACGAGCAUGCGCAGCUUUUUGGCAGCAGUGGGCGUAGCGGCGGUAUUGUGAGUUCCGGUGCGGCAGCGGGCAACGGAGCAACGGGCGCUUUGGCCGGCCGCCUGGGCAGCUGGCCAAAGCGUUUGCGUAUGCGGCAGGUGCGCAGCAGCGUCUCGACGCAUCAGCCGUUCGGCAUCUGCACAUGUUCAUAGUCAGCGCUGGAGCAGCAAACCAAAUAGCAAGUCGCACAUGGAUGGGCGCAACCGGAUCUCGUCACAGUCACAGACAAAAGUUUUCGCUCACGUUUUUAUAACCUCCUAUGCACGCCAACCAAUUUUCCUACCUUUAUUUUUGGGUAUUCUUUUAUAAUUGUUUUUAAUUUGACUACCUCACGCACGCGAAAAGAAAACAACCAAAACGAAGCACGCAAAUCAACACGAAAUAUUAAAAAAACAUAAAUCGAACAAAACGAUUCGCAGUUAUCUAACCUGUGUUCCCCCAUACUAAUACUACUUAAAACUCGAGCGGGCGAAAGAAAAUGUGAGUGGAAGAGCAGGCAGAGAGAGGAGGGCUUGUUUUA